UCGGCUCUUUUGUGCAGCAAAACCUGUUCCUCGGUCCAGUGGUGUCCUCACCGUCUUCUCUCCUUGGCGCCGGCAUCUUUAGUAUCUGCAGUCUCUGGUCAUCUCCUGUACUGUGUCCGCAGUCUCUGGACAUCUCCUGCACUAUGUCCACAUUCUCUGGUCAUCUCCUGUACUAUGUCUGCAGUCUCUGGUCAUCUUCUGUACUAUGUCCGCAGUCUCUGGACAUCUCCUGCACUAAGUCCGCAUUCUCUGGUCAUCUCCUGUACUAUGUCCGCAGUCUUUGGUCAUCUCCUGUACUAUGUCCGCAGUCUCUGGUCAUUUCCUGUACUAUGUCCGCAGUCUCUGGUCAUCUCCUGUACUGUGUCCGCAGUCUCUGGUCAUCUCCUGUACUAUGUCCGCAGUCUCUGGUCAUCUCCUGUACUAUGUCCGCAGUCUCUGGUCAUCUCCUGUACUGUGUCCGCAGUCUCUGGUCAUUUCCUGUACUAUGUCCGCAGUCUCUGGUCAUCUCCUGUAGUAUGUCCGCAGUCUCUGGUCACCUCCUGUACUAUGUCUGCAGUCCAUUGGUUCAGAAUAUUUUUUUCUUGUUUUCCUCCUCUAAAACCUAGAUGCGUCUUAUGGUCAGGUGUAUCUUAUGCA